AUGGAGCCCGACGGCGCUGCGCCGAGUCUGCCUGUCGAUACACGCGCCUUGAAGCGGGAGCGCUGUGGCGACAACGACAACAGUGAUGGCGGCAACGCCAGGAAUGACGAUAACAGCAGAGCGGAGCAGGUGCGGCCAAGGCGUUUCGGUGUGCGGGCGCACUACUUUAUGUCUGGCGAUAUUGUGUGGGUGCGGCCGCCUAGACUGCCGUACUGGCCAGCAGAAGUGGUGGAGGCCGAUGCGGCAUCUAACACCAUCACCGCACGCCUCUUUGACCCACCGGCGUCGCUUGUAUCGGCUGGUGAUGAUGCCCCACCUCUGGAUCACGUCACCGCUGUUGCCAGCAAGGUGUUCUUCUUUGACCGUCUCCCGACGCCAGAAGAUGUCGAGGCGUGCAUGGAGCAGCGGCUGCAGCGAAAGUCACACGACGUAUCAGCCUACGAGGCAGCCUUUCAACGCGCUGUGCUGCACGCCAACCGGCUGGUGCGCACGGUACUGAGCCCGGAUCGGCUACAGCCGUACAGCAUCUGCGGUGUGGGUGUGGUGCACAGUCUUAUGCGUACGCACAUCGCGGCACCGCGGCAGCCGCACACGGCGGACUUCACGCCACAGACCGCUGUCAUUAAACUGCGGGUUGGGUUAGAGAACGCCGUGCGUGACCUUCGCGGAUUCGAGUACAUUUGGGUGCUCUUCUCCUUUUCGUAUGCCAUUGCUGAUGAUGAGUGCGAGGCGAGCGGCGCGGAGGUGGUGCCUGGCGGACGGAAGCGGCGCCAGGGUGCGGAGCGCUCCGCCGGAUUCAAGACGAUGCUUGUGCCGCCGCGCGACAGUGAGUUGCGUGGCGUAUUCGCGACGCGAAGCCCGCACCGGCCCAACUUCAUUGGCCUCUCGUGUGUUCGGCUUGUUGCGGUGCGGGGGCUGGAGGUGCACAUCGCCGACCACGACCUGCUGCACGGCACGCCCGUGCUCGACAUCAAGCCGUACCUCCCCUUUUGUGACGCCCACCCGGACGCGAGGGCGGGGUGGGUGGAGGAGCUCGACAGGUCCGGCCGUGGGGGCGCGGACCACAAGUGCAGCACGCAGCGACUGCAAGUGGAUCGGGUCUUUGAGGAUGAAUGA